CGUUCAGAGGAGUUCCGUGUGUAUGUGUACGUCAUUCAAUGUUUUGGUUUCUUUCAGCUGGACACACAAGUCCAAGACAACAUUGUACGGUUUACAACCCAGAAGAAACCAAAUACCUAAAAAUAUACGCAUCAUCAAGUAUUCCAAUCGAUUUGGGGAAAAUGGGUAGAAUAUUUCUAAGACAUAUUGGAGGUACUCGUCUCUUUUCAUGUUCCAACUGUGACACACCUUUGACAAAUAGAGCAGAACUUAUCUCAACAAGAUUUACAGGUGCCACUGGAAGAGCCUUUUUGUUCAACAGAGUUGUGAAUCUCAGCUAUAGUGAAGUCCAAGACAGAGUGAUGUUAACAGGUCGUCACAUGGUUAGAGAUGUCUCAUGUAAAAACUGUGAAGCUAAACUUGGUUGGGUUUAUGAGUUUGCUACAGAAGAUAACCAAAGAUAUAAAGAAGGCAGAGUAAUUCUGGAGCGUGCACUGGUAACAGAAAGUGAAGGAUUUGAUGAACAUGGUACAAGUCAUAGUGACAGCUGAAAUAUUAUUUUGCAACUGUAAAUAAAUCACCAAUGUGCUUCUUUAGCACUUAGAGUCACAUGAACAGUUGAGCCUAAGGGUUACAAUAAUUUAGGAUGGUUAUAGAGAGAAUUCUCUGAGAAGUGAGAGACAUUUUGUAGGUACUGAUUUGUAUGUACAUAUGAAAUACUUUGAUACUUUGUCCUAAAUUACAUGAGUGUGUGUGAAAGCAUGAGAAAGCCCUGUUUAACAGAACCAGGAAUAUUCUAAGUUAUCUUUGUUGAUUCCAGUUAUACUUCAAAUUGUUUUUGGGGAGGGAUGGAGUAUGAUUAAAAUGUUUUUAGGGAAACUUUUAUAUUUUUUUGUUAAAAUGUAAACUAUCCAUUUCACCCCAAAUAAGUAUACUGUAAUAUAAUCCCCAAUGAGGUUAUUUUUGGUCUGUCUAGCAAGUUAUAUGAAAAUUUUAAUAUACAUGUAAGAUUCAGCAAAAUGCGUAAUACAACAAAACAGUUAGAGGUUUUUGGUAUUUUCAAAAGUUUUGAAUUUCAUUUCUCAUUUAUAUGUGCAAUUUUGUGUUCAUACAAUUUUGAAACUCAACUUAAUAAUUUUUUAAUAUAAUAAGUAAAUAUAACUAACAAUAAAACAGUUAUAGUAAUUAAAUAUAGGAGCAAACAUUCUAAUUUACUAAUAAUAGUAUUAGAAAAACCCACAUUAUAAUAUUAUCAUAUAGUUAUGUACAUGUUGGUUCCACCAUGAUAGUUCAUUUGUAAUGAAUUGUAGUCAGAACAUUUCUACUAUAAGUGCAAAAAGUAAACUUCAACUAAAGUGGUUCACUAUAUUGCUAAAUUAUGUCAUUAGUAUGAAUUCACAAAGAAAGUAUUAUUUUUGUGCAUUAUACCCCUAUUUCAGGAGAGCAGACCAAAUUCAAUUUAACUUGUCUGUCAGUCUGUACAUUAGUCCAGCAAAUAUUUACCUCACACUUUUCUCAGGUAUGAUUGAACAUAAAGACUUCAUAUUUUGUCAGGAGCCAGCCUAAUAAGUGAUUAUUUGGGAGUAUUUUUGGUUUCAUUGGAUGUCUUCUUCCUGGUGCGUAUACUCUGAAUUUUUCAAUAUAUUAAAUAAACAUUAAUGCACAUGUGUGUUCUUGUUUAUACAUGUACCUUCGAUUUUGUUGAUACACUUUUGCAUUUUUCAUCUUUUCAUGGGAUUUAUAUAUUUUUAUUUGACCAGAAUGUAUUAACUUAUUACUCACAAAAUUGGGAAAGCAUUUCUUUUUUUGUUACAUUUGCCUGUUAUAAAUAUACAUUACUUUUAAUUACUGCAUAAACUUACAAGUUAACAUCAACCAACUUACAUGACUUAAAAUUAAUGUAACUGCCUCUCCUGUCGGUGAGUGUUGAUGUAUGAGUUUCAAAACACUUAUUUAUGUUUACAUAUUAAAGGAAUAGAGGGGUCUCAUUGGGAGGUUCCGAUCCCAGAUCCUGCAUACUGUUUUGUCAGAUUCCUGUAUCCCGUUUACACGAUGUAAGUAAGCACUUCUCUUAUUUUUUUACGUUUCCCUUGUCCACUAGACCUCAUUUCCCGUUUUCACGACACAAUAAUUUGAUUUUCACGUGUCACACUUAAAAAAAAAUCGUCAAUCUACGUCACUCUUAGACCCCAAUGAGACUCACAAUAGACCUUUUAAUCUUCAUUUAGAUUUUCACUUUUUCAUUGGAAAUUCACUCUCAUUUAUCUGUUUGAAGUGCCAGUCAUAUAAGUUCUGAUAUUUUCUAUAAUUUUAUUGUAUAGAAAUUGCUUCCUUAGCAUGGAUAUCAACAGCUGUAAAACAAUGCCAUCAUUCUGUAUAAGGAGUAUAAGAUGCUACUUAUCAAAUGGAAAUUGUUUUGUUCAAUAGCUUGUUUUAGUAAUAAAGUUAUAAUGAUGAAAAUGUA